UAAUUUCUUUCAUGUAAAAGCAAUGAGAUGGGAAAACGUGCGUCGCACGUGCUUGUGCUGUUCCUGAAAAAGGUUCCGGGUUUUCUUCAUUAUUUGGAAAAGGCGCUGCUUUGAUUUUCUCAUCCCACAUUCCCCUCAUCAAUUUCAUUGCAAGGAUCUCGAAGCACAGCUGCGCAAUUCAAAACCCACAUCUCAGUUCGGUUUCUGUACCACCUCACCGACGCGGACCUGUUAUUAAUCCGUUCCCCUUUACAGGUCGCGAAUACUGUGAAGGAAGUCACCGUUGAGUUAUGAGCUGCUAAAAUCUCUGUUUCUAGUUGGUGCUUUGUGCAUGGUUACCAGAAUUGUGAGAAGAGAGGCAUGAACUGAGAAAUAACAGAUAUUUCUGAAAAGGAAAUGGCUGAAGAAACUAAGAAUGAUGUGAAAGAGACUGCUACAUCUACAGAUACUGAGAUUAAGAAGACAAAGAAGAAGAAAGGAGUGCUAUCAAGAUUGUGGGGUGCAAUAUUUGGUGUGCGUGGAGAUGAUUUUGAAAAGAGACUGCAACACAUAUCCAAGGAAGAGGCUCUUGUUCUUUCCAGAAUAUCAAGACGUUCCCAUAGUUGGCGGAGAAUAAAUCGGCAGCUGAUUAUCUUUUCAGUACUUCUUGAGGCAAUUGCUGUAGGUUAUGCUAUCAUGACUACGAGAUCUUUAGAAUUGAACUGGAAAAUGAGGGCAUUGCGCAUCUUACCAAUGUUUCUGCUGCCAGCAUUGUCUUCUAUUCUGUACUUCACACUUGCAAGCUUCACAAGGAUGUUUGACAGGAAAGACCACAAAACUCUGGAGAAGCUUCGAGCUGAAAGACAAGCAAAAAUAGAUGAACUGAAAGAGAAAACAAAUUACUACCUUACUCAACAACUAAUACAGAGGUAUGACCCCGAUCCAGCAGCCAAGGCCGCUGCUGCAACUGUGCUGGCUUCCAAGUUGGGUGCAGAUUCUGGUCUAAAGGUAUUUGUUGGAGAGGAGUCUAAGAGCAGUGCCCCUACUGGGAAGAGCAAUGAUGUGGAAGUUGCAAGGACUGGUGCACUACGAAAUAGGAAGGCUUCCGUUUCAAAAACUAGCGGUACCCAGUCUGCACCCACUCAUCAUCCUGAAGAAGGUAUGCUCGACCAUGUCCAAUCUGAGGCUGCGGAAAUGCCCCAGCAACAUCAGUUGGUUGUGGAACAUUACCCCCAAGGGGGUUUGGGUACACAAGAUGGAGGAUGGAUCGCUAGACUGGCUGCAUUACUUGUGGGAGAGGAUCCAACGCAAUCAUAUGCGCUUAUAUGUGGAAACUGCCAUAUGCAUAAUGGCCUUGCAAGGAGAGAAGAUUUUCCAUAUGUGACUUACUAUUGCCCACAUUGCCAUGCUUUGAACAGACCGAAGCAAUCUGGGGAGCAUGUUUCUGGUUCCAAUUCGCCAACUAUGACCUCGUCAACUGUGGAGGAUGGAGAUGCUGUACCAAGUGUGGGUGGAUCAGUAGGAUCUGCCAGCAAUAGUCCUGUAGCUGCUGCCGCCGCUGCUACUGCUGCUACUGCUGAGGGGGUUUCUGAAAGUUGAAGUUUACUGUCUUGUGGUGUCGAUUGAUAAAAUCAGUUGCCGACUGGAAAUGACUUUAAAAACAGUGAGAGGGUCCUGUUAUUUUAUACGACAAAAAAGUGUUGUAAGCAUAACUUUGACGCAAUAUCAUGAGAGUGUUUGCAGGGGUCUGUGUUUUUUGAAACUGAUGAGUUUAAAUGAUUUUUGAUGGAAGUGAUUAAAGAUAAAAA